UACAGAACGUAAUACCUUAUUGGGUGAAGAAAUUAUAGUAUAUACACUGAGUUACGGGUCCAAACAAACUACCCGUGAGUGCCAUCGGAUGGAGCUUUCCAAGAGGACAGCACGUUAGGGCCUGCCCGCUGCCAUCUUAUGUCUCACAUUCGGCGCAUUACAGACCCAACAAAAUAAGAACACCAAACCAAACUGGUUUCUUUUUCACAUGCAUCGAAUCAAAAUCGAAAUCGAAAUAUCUAUGUAAGGCUGAUCAUACAAACCUUACAAUUUCUCACUUCAUCCUGCUCGAUUUAUUUCUGAUCCUGACAACGACGUACGGUUGGAAGAUGGGUUCGUGUGCUGUGGAUGGUGAUACGGGCAGCGGCCACAUAGUGAUGCUGCCUUUCAUGGCCCACGGCCACCUCAUACCCUUCCUCUCCCUCGCUAGGACAUUCCGAAAGUACCACCCAAACUUAAGUAUAAGCAUUGCCGCCACCCCUCUCAAUGUCCGCUACCUCGGCUCCACCAUGUCCUUCAGCGAAAGCCGGGAAAUUUGCCUCAAGGAACUCCACUACUGCAGCUCCGACCACGGCCUGCCCCCUGAUACGGAGAACACGGAGAACCUAUCGUUGGACCUGAUUGGGGUCCUUUUUGGAUCGUCAAGUAGCCUUGCAGACCCCCUUGCGCAGCUUUUAUCAGAGAUCUCUGCGGCAGAUGGGCGGAAACCAGUUUGCAUAAUCUCAGACGUGAUCUUCGGGUGGUCGGUGGAGGUGGCGAGGGGGUUCGGGAUCAAGUGUUUCUCCUUCUGCACCGGCGGCGCAUAUGGGACUUUGGCUUACGUCUCUUUGUGGCUAAACCUUCCUCACCGCAAGACGGAUUCAGACAAGUUCGCCGUUCCGGGUUUCCCUGAGCAAUGCCGCUUCCACCGCUCUCAGCUUCACCGGUUCAUUAGAGCCGCGAACAGGACUGACCAUUGGUCAAUGUUCUUUUAUGUUCAGCUUUCACUUUCUUUGACCUCUGAUGGCUGGUUAUGUAAUUCCGUGGAGGAAUUUGAACCACUGGGAUUGAAACUAUUGAGGAAUUACUUGAAACUACCCGUUUGGCCUGUUGGUCCUCUGCUGCCUUCCUCCAUGCUUGGUCACAAAUCACAAUCCUCUUCCAUUUCAAGAGUGAUUGCUGCUGAACGGGCAGGAAAGAAACCCGGACUUUCAGCGGAGAAAUGCACCGAGUGGCUGAACUCACAUGUGCCCGACUCAGUCCUCUACAUCUCAUUCGGGUCUCAGAACACCAUAAGCGCCUCUCAGAUGAAGGCGGUGGCAGUUGGAAUAGAGGCGAGUGGGAAGCCAUUCAUUUGGGUAGUCAGGCCACCGCUUGGGUUCGAUAUGAAAGGAGAGUUUAGAUCGGAGUGGCUUCCAGAAGGCUUUGAGCGAAGAGUCAUGGAGAGCAAUCAGGGCUUAUUGGUAAGGACGUGGGCUCCGCAGCUGGAAAUAUUGUCUCACAAAUCAACCAGAGCGUUCCUCAGUCACUGUGGGUGGAACUCGGUGAUUGAGAGCCUAAGCCAAGGGGUGCCGAUCAUCGGGUGGCCAAUGGUGGCUGAGCAGGCCUACAACUCGAAGAUGAUGGUGGAGGAGAUGGGGGUGUGCAUGGAGCUGGCAAGGGGAGUCGAGGAUGAGAUCGAGGCCGAUCAUGUUAAAAGAGUAGUCGAGAUAGCGAUGGAGAAUGUAGGGACAGGAGAGGACAUGAAGAGGAAGGCUGUUGAGAUCGGGGAGAAGAUUGGGGCGGCUAUGAGAAAUGAUGGGGAGGAGAGAGGCUCUACACUUAAGGCCUUGGACGAAUUUGUGACGACUAUUCUUUCUAGUUGAUCUACACUCACUCUGCUCACAGGCUGUCUUUUGUUAUGCUUUCCUUGAUUUCAAUAAAACCUUUUCUUCUCUGACAAAAAUAUAAAAUAAAAAAGAGGUGUGGGAGACAGAGCCCCCCACCCCUAACUCUAUUGGGUCUCCGUUGAGGCCCCCGACUCUAA